AUGGAUCUUCGGAACCUUGCCGCCACCCCCAGCCUCGACAGAAGACCGUCUAUACUGUCGUUGUCGCUGUCUGGGUAUGCUUCCUCGAACUAUGGUGGAAAUACCACGCCUCAACUUUCCAGUCAACGUUUAAAUGGCGGCCGCCAAUCGACUCCAGGACUGAUUUCCGGUGGUCCUCCUACCGGGAUUUCUGGUCCUUCGAGUGGUGCCGUUGCUUCUGCUAACCUGAACCCCUCGUCCUCUGCUUCCAAUCAAGCCUGGAGCAACGUGGCCGGCGGCCUGACCAUUGGCGUUGGCCCUUGGGUUGAGCAGCAGCAAGCCCAAGCAGCAGCGCUUAAAAAGAAAAAAACUAAUGACGAUGACGAUGAUGAAAACAACGACAAUAAUAACGACGAUGACGACGAUGAUGACGACCUCAUUCCCACCGCCAUUGUGAUCAAAAAUAUUCCGUUCGCGAUCAAGAAAGAACAACUCUUGGACGUGAUGACCAAGUUGAGCCUUCCGCUUCCCUAUGCGUUCAACUACCAUUUCGACAACGGAGUGUUCCGGGGGCUUGCGUUUGCAAACUUCACCCUGACCGACGAGACCACGCUGGUGGUGAACCAGUUGAACGGUCGUGAAAUCGGUGGCCGCAAGCUUCGAGUUGAAUACAAGAAAAUGCUCCCGGCCCAGGAACGUGAGAGAAUUGAACGUGAGAAGAGAGAGCGCCGGGGACAGUUGGAGGAGCAGCAUCGCACCAAUUCUAAUGCAUCUUUGGCACUGCUUCUUUCGGCCGCUUCCACCACCGCUGCCACGAAAAAUUUGAGUGUGGGCACUGGAAUUACCACCACCCAUACCGAAAGACUCGCGGUGUCGUACCCUGUAGGAAGCACCCCGGUUCCAACCGAACUCAACAUGAACGAUGGUGAUGUGUUGGAAUUGUAUUCGCAACUUCUUUUGUAUCGUGACGAACCGACAAAGGCAGUGUACGAGCUUGCGUUUCCAGCGCUUCUUCCAGCCCAGCGCAAAACACUCUCGCUUCUUUGUGGAGUACUUAACCUUCUCGAGUUGUACGAUAAUGGGACAAUUAUAAUCAGACGCCGACCAGGUCAACUUCCCCAUCAGCCGGUGCCUGCUUCUGCAUCCAUGAUGAACCUCACGUCGUUGCUGGGCCAUCCCGAGUUGCUUCGUAGCCAGAGCCAGUCAGCAUUGCCUAUGCGUAGGCAAACCCCAACACCAAUGGCUCUCGGUUCUGCCAAUGGAGUGGCAGCUACCCCAGGAGCCACACCUGUCGCUUCUGUGCUUCCGCCGGUAUCAGGAGGCCCUGGAGGAGCCACGAGCAUACAAUCGCAGACUACUGGUGCCCCAAGUGCAACUUCUGGCCAACCAUCAAUGCCUGGUCUUCGGUACCCAAUGAGGUCCAAUAACCGUUCAUUUGACGUUGCCCCUGGCGCCGAGUCGCCAACUCCACAACACGCGUUCUUUACAAGCCAGCCAACUACCCCAGCAGACCUUCAGUCUCGGUUUGCACCUUUUGGUGGAAUGGGUUUUGGUUAUAACCAGCUGCAAAAUGGUACCGGUGGAGACGAAUAUUCCACGUUUAAUGAUCCACUUUCCGUCAAGCUUUCGACACUCAACGUCGACAAGUCGGGAAUCUGGGGUCCUAAAUGA